CACACCACCACAGCUAUGCUUUCCCCUGAUGGUGUCAAUUUUGAAGGUAUUCAUUUAUACUUAUACUUUCUUUCUCUGGGUCUUUUUUUGUUUUGUUUGUAGUAACCUUUUACAGGGAUUCCAUUGAUAUGCAAGAGAGCAGUUCAAGCAUUGAUGGAGAUGAAGGCUUCUUUAGAUGACGAUUCGCGCGGGGCGAUGUCGAAUUGGGAUGCAAAUGCUGUUGAUCCCUGCAGCUGGAGUAUGGUUACUUGUUCUCCUGAUAAAUUUGUGGUUGGCUUGGCAAUUCCAAGCCAAGGUUUAUGUGGCACAAUUUCUCCCCAUAUUGGCAAUCUGACCCACCUUGAGAUUGUGCUUCUGCAGAACAAUAACAUAUCAGGGUUGAUUCCAGCUGAGCUUGGAAACCUUCCAAGACUCAAGACACUUGAUCUCUCCGAAAACAACUUAACCGGUGAAAUUCCCGCCUCUUUGGCUCAAAUCAAAACACUGCAAUAUGUGAGGCUAAACAACAACAGUCUCAGUGGAGCUAUACCUAUGGUUUUGGCUAAUAUGACUCAGCUCACAUUUCUGGACUUGUCCUUCAACAAUCUCAAAGGUCCUGUUCCAAGUCUUCUUGCCAAAACCUUCAACAUCUUGGGGAAUACUAAGAUAUGUAAAACUGGAAAGGAGUCAGAGUGCAAUGGGACAACCACUGUGCCUCCCUCCCCUUUCAUCAAUUCACCAAGUGAACGGAGAUCUGUAAAAUCUAAAACUCAGAAAGUAGCAUUAGCCUUUGGUUCAAGCCUGGGAUGUAUCUGUCUGGUAAUUGUUGGGAUUGGUUUCUCAAUGUGGUGUGGACAACGAAGAACAAAACAGAUAUUCUUCGACGUUAACGAACAACACAAGGAAGAAGUGUGCCUAGGAAAUUUAAGGGUGUUCCAGUUCAGAGAGCUACAGGUUGCCACAAACAACUUCACAGGCAAGAACUUAUUGGGGAAGGGCGGUUUUGGAAACGUCUAUAAAGGUCGUCUACAAGACGGGACAAUGGUAGCGGUAAAAAGGCUGAAAGAUGGCAAUACAGCCAGUGGUGAUGUCCAGUUUCAGACAGAAGUUGAGAUGAUCAGCUUGGCUGUACAUAGGAACCUCCUCAGGCUUUAUGGCUUUUGCAUGACCUCGAGCGAAAGAUUGUUGGUUUAUCCUUAUAUGUCCAAUGGAAGCGUAGCUUCUCGACUAAAAGGUAAACCGCCAUUGGAUUGGGGAACCAGAAAGCGAAUAGCAUUGGGAGCUGCAAGGGGUUUGCUGUACCUGCACGAACAAUGUGACCCGAAAAUCAUCCACAGAGACGUCAAAGCCGCCAACAUACUGCUGGACGAUUACUGUGAGGCCGUGGUUGGAGAUUUCGGGUUGGCAAAGCUUUUGGAUCAUUGUGAUUCGCACGUCACGACUGCAGUUAGGGGUACAGUGGGGCACAUUGCGCCGGAAUAUCUCUCCACGGGCCAAUCGUCCGAGAAGACCGAUGUUUUUGGGUUCGGGAUACUCUUGCUGGAACUGAUCACUGGACAGAGAGCUUUGGAGUUUGGUAAAGCAGCAAACCAGAAAGGCGCCAUGCUUGAUUGGGUAAGGGAUUCUGCUUCAUAAUGAUGUUGCAGAAGUAUUGUUUAGAUAGAGCUGAACAAAAGUAUAAAAUCUUUUAAGAGUUUUUUUUGCGUCAUUUACCCCUGAACUUUUCAAAAAUUGCACGGAUUUCCCCAUGGACUUAUUGGAUCAAUGCCCCUGAACUUUCAAAAAUGUUGCAACAAUGGUCCCUCUACGUCAGAUAUAGGAGUGUGUUAAUCACACGUUCAUCCAGUGCAAGUAUGGAAUCAUCUAAAUUGAUAAAUCACAUGUGAGUUCCGCAAUAUGCCCUUCCCAAACAUUAUCUUCUAUAUUUUUAACCACUUUAAACCCCAGAUAAUUAUUCUCGAUUUAGUCGUCGGUACCCGAAUUUGAAGGCCAGACUUCAUAAAGCUCAUCAUCAAUCGAUCAAGAUCUUCAUCAAUUCAUGACAUCUUCUUCAAGCUCCAACACGUAUAUCAACACAGAACGACCCUCAAUUCGCCUACAUUCUCGCCAUUUUCUAUUUUGAAUGACAUUCUCGCCAAUUGAUUCGUUAAAUUUGAUGUAUGGCAGGAAUGAUGUUGAAAUUUUGGAUAUCUCAUAAGGUGGGGGACACAUUAUCGGUCUGCUGGUUCGUGUUCUAAUUCUGAAACCACCGGUUUGAGUACUCAUUUUAACUGUAAAAUUGACUCCAAACUCGUUCCUUAAGUCCAGGGGUAAAUGACGGAAAAAACUCAAUGUUUUUAAACAACACUGAAGAGAUAGAGCAACAUACUAGUAUAUCCAUUGCAAGAUCAUACAUUAUUAUUUGCAGGUGAAGAAGAUUCACCUGGAGAAAAAGCUUGAUGUUUUGGUAGACAACGGCUUGAAGAACUGCUACGACAGGAUAGAGCUGGAGGAGACAGUACAGGUGGCACUGUUGUGCACACAAUUUCUUCCGAGCCAGAGACCGAAGAUGUCGGAGGUGGUGAGAAUGCUGGAAGGGGACGGGCUCGCGGAGAAGUGGGAAGCAUCUCAGAAGGUUGAACCCUCUUCUGCUGCCACCAAAUGCAGCAGAUUGAAUAAUGAGUUGUCUUCUUCAGAUAGAUAUUCUGAUCUUACUGAGGACUCCUCUCUUCUUGUUCAAGCCAUGGAACUCUCUGGUCCUAGGUGAUGAUUAUGCCUCUGAAAAAUGGCAACUAAUUUUUGAUUGUAUAUUUUUGUGAAAGAAAUUUUGUGGAAAUGUGAGUAUAGAAAUAAUGAAUGAUCCUGUGAUUAAAUUUAAGAAUGUGCAAAGGGUCUCAUCUCAUGUUGUCCUCUUUCAAGGGCAAUGGCAUUAAUUGUUUUGGUGUCUUCCCUUAAAUACUACUCCCUCUGUCCCUAAAAAUACGGGAUAUUGUGAUUUUUAAGAAAGAGAAGUGUAUUUU